UGCAGGCGACGAUGGUCCAGUGGAACCCCAAGCAGGGCCUCCUGACUCACUUCAGCUACCAAGAUGGCCGCCUCCUGGUUCGCAAGCCGGGACUCUACUACGUCUACGCCAAGACCUGCUUCCGCUACUACGCCGAGUCCGAGCUGCAUCACACACGCAACACACACCACCACCCCCCUCGCACCCGCACCCGAAAACCCUCUGCGGCAUCAGUCCCACCGCCCUCCUCGCAUCGUCAUUGGCCACCGAACGCCGCCGCCGCUGAUGAUGUCAUCACCCAGCCGCCGAGUCCGGCCCAGCUGAUGCAGUACGUGCUGCACGAGCGCCCGAGUCGCGGUGGCGCCCCCCUGAGGCCGCUGGCGGUGAUGAAGGGCGGCAGUACGCAGCGGUGGAGCGAGAGGGGCGGUGGCUACAACAUGUACUGCCUGCAGCAGGGGCGGGCCCUCGACUUGAGGACGGGCGACGGGCUGCUGGUACGCGUGGCCAACGCAUGGAUGCUGGACCCGGAACCCCAGGCCAGCUACUUUGGAGCCUUCAGGAUAGGACACUGAGGAGGGGACACUGACCAGGGCUUAAUUGGCCAAUUAAGUAAUUGAUUUAAUUGGUCCAAUUAGGACAGGACAUUGGUUAAUACUUUAAAGGAGAGGAGAAGAG